AAAAAAAAAAAUAAAAAAAAAGGUAAAAAAACCCCAAACCCUGUCCCCAAACGCAACACAUUUUGCCUCUUUCUUUCUCCUGUUUCCUCCGAAUGCAGAGAGUUCAGAGCUUCACUCACUCCUCUUCAACCUCAACAACAUCAUGUGGAGACUCAAACGCACAAACACCAAUCUUCUCUCAACCCAACACAAACUUUCAAUCACCAAACCCGGACCCGUUUCUCUCAGACCCGUGGACUAUUCCACCUCACAAAUCCAUGACACAGUCCGAGAAAUCACCACCAUUCUCACCCACAACAAUUGGCAGCUCCUCUUAGACUCCUCCGACUUGCCCACCAAGCUAAACCCAGAUGUGAUCCGCUCCUUUAUGCUCCAGAACCGGGUUGUUGACCCGACCCGACUCCUCAGCUUCUUCCUCUGGUCCGAACACAAAGUGGGUACCUUUCAGAAUUUGGAUAUCUUAUCUCUACUUGUUGUUUCUCUUUGCAACUUUAAGCUUUAUGAACCUGCAAAUGAGAUUUUGGAGCGUAUGAUAAGAAUUUGCAAGUCUUCUUGUGAUGUUUUGGGUGCUAUUGAUGUUUGUUAUAGAGAAUGUGAUGUUGGGUCUAAAUCUAAUGCUUUUGUGUUUGAUAUGUUAGUUGGUAGUUAUAGGAAAAUGGGUUUUAUAGAUGAGGCUGUUAAUGUGUUCAUGGCUUUGAAAAAAGUUGGAGUUAUGCCUAGUAUGUUGUGUUGUAAUUCACUGUUGAGAGAGUUGUUGAAGGUGAAUAAGAUGGAGAUGUUUCAGAAGGUUUGUGAUAGAAUGUCGGAGAUGAAGAUUGCUUUUGAUGUAUAUACUUAUGUUAUUGUUAUCAAUGCCCACUUUAAGGCUGGGAAUGUUAAUGAGGCGAAGAGUGUGUUUUCGGAAAUGGGUGGAAAGGGGUGCAUCCCGAAUUUGGUUACUUACAAUGUGGUUAUUCAUGGUUUGUGUAGAGCACGGCGUGUUGACGAAGCUAUUGAGAUGAAGAAGUCUAUGGUUAAGAAGGGGUUGGGCCCUGAUUGUUAUACUUAUGUGACUCUUGUCAAUGGGUAUUGUAUGGAAAAGAGAUUAAGAGAGGCGAAGUUGGUUUUGUCGGAAAUGAGAGAUAUGGGAUUGAGGCCUGAUUUGAUUGGGUAUAAUGCUUUGAUUGAUGGGUUUGUGAAACAAGGUGAUGUAGAAGAGGCUUUGAGAAUCAAGGAUGAAAUGGUUACUCAUGGCAUUCAGAUAGAUCGGGUCUUAUAUAACACGCUUCUUAAUGGGCUUUGCAGGGCUGGUAAGAUGGAGAAGGCAAGGGAAGUCAUGAAUGAAUUGAUAAGGACUGACAUAGGACUUGAUUCGAGAAUUUACAGUUGGUUGAUUGAGGGUUACUGUCGAGAGCAUGAUAUGAUUCGUGCUUUUGAAUUGCUUGAUGAGUUGAAGAAGAGGAACUUGGCACCCACAAAGGUAACUUACAGUGUAAUAAUUAAUGGGCUUUGUCAGGAUGGAAAUCUCCGACAGGCCAAUACUGUACUGGGGGAAAUGAUUACAAGGGGUUUGAAGCCAAAUGCCAUUAUCUAUACAGCACUAAUUUCAGCACACACUAAGGAAAGUAGAUUUGAAGAAUCAAGAAGAAUGUUGGAGAGGAUGAAAGAGUGUGGGAUUAUUCCUGAUGUAUUUUGCUACAACUCUCUCGUAAUAGGACUUUGUAAAGCUAAGAAGAUGAAAGAAGCAAGGACUUACUUGGCAGAAAUGUUGGACAGAGGAUUAGAGCCAAAUGCAUAUAUUUAUGGAGCUUUCAUCUAUGGUUAUAGUGAGUCUGGGGAGAUGCAGAUGGCUGAUAGAUACUACAGUGAGAUACUAGGUCAUGGUGUAGUACCUAAUGAUGUAUUGAAUAGAGCCUUGAUUGAUGGGCAUUGCAAGGAGGGGAACAUAACAGAAGCCUUCUCAAAAUUUAGAUUUAUGCUGGCGCGAGGUUUUCUACCAGAUGUUAAAACUUACUGUGUGCUUAUCAAUGGUCUCUCGAGGAAUGGAAAAAUGGAAGAAGCUCUUGGGAUCUUCUCAGAGCUUAGUGAGAAGGGUUUGGUUCCUGAUGUUUUCACUUACAACUCUCUCAUGACUGGUUUCUGCAAGCAGGGUGAUGUAGAGAAGGCUUUUCAACUUCAUGAAGAGAUGUGCAAAAAAGGCGUAAAUCCAAACAUUGUUACUUAUAAUGUCUUAAUUGGUGGGCUACAAAAGGCAGGUGACAUUGAAAAGGCUAAUGAGUUAUUUUCUAGCAUCUUGGGUAGAGGCUUGACUCCCAACGGUGUGACAUAUGCUAGAAUCAUUGAUGGUUAUUGCAAAUCCGGUAACGUAAAUAAAGCAUUACAAUUAUUUGAUGAAAUGCCCUUAAGAGGUAUCCCUCCAGAUAGUUUUGUGUACAAUGUCCUUCUCAGUGGAUGCUGUGAAGAAGGAAAAUUGGAGAAAGCUCAGGAACUAUUUCUAGAUAUGCUGCAUAAGGGCUUUGCUACUAGUCUCUCUUUCAACACUUUAAUUGAUAGGUUCUGCAAGAGUAAAAAGCUACAAGAAGUAAGUAAUUUGUUGGAGAAAAUGUUAGAAAAGCAGGUCAUGCCUGACCACGUUACCUACACAACUCUGAUUGAUCGGCAUUGUAAGGCUCGGAAUAUGGAGGAAGCAAGAAAGCUCUUCUUGGAAAUGCAUGCAAGGGGUCUAGUACCAACCACCAGAACUUACUCGUCACUUCUUCAUGGCUACAACUCAAUAGGAAAAGGAUCUGAGGUUUUCUCUCUAUUUGAAGAGAUGGUAGCCAAGGGGAUUAAGCCUGACAAGAUCACCUACCAUGAAUUAAUUGAUGCUCACUGUAAAGAAGGGAACUUGAUGGAAGCGUUGAGGUUGAGGGAUGAGUUAAAUAAGAUGGGUAUGUCCAUGAAGUUUGGUGCAUACAAUGCUCUAGUACAAGCGUUAUGUACAAAAGAAGAAUUUUCAGAAGCAUUAACUUUACUUGACGAAAUGGGAGAGCGAGGGCAUAGGCUCAGCUUUGCUACAUGUAGAACCAUAGCUUGUGGUUUUCAAAGAGUAGGCAAUAUGGAGAAAGCUGCAGCAGUUUUGGAGCGCAUGCUGGGGUACAGAUGGGUUUCAAAUUCUGUGAGCUUAAAUGACUUGCUAGAUCGUAAUGAACAUGGUUGGAAGCCUGAGGAGUCCAACAAGCUCCUAAAUCAAAUGGCAUAGAGAAGUUCUUAUUCAGGUUGGCACAAUUUUAAAACUGGCCUGUUGCUUCUCCUUUGUGGUGCUUAGUAAUUGUGGCCCUUAUACUCAUUGGAGAUGCUUUGGCCGCAAGAGUACACCAAAAAUGGGGCUAGCUAGGCAUGCUAGCUCCCAGUGCUGUGUUGUCGCUCCAAGUGGCUGCUUACUAUAUUCUGCAGCCAUGAAAAUUGUUACUUCCAACUGAGGCAACAUAAAUGCUAGUCUGCUAAAGGUAAUGAUUUGCCAGUCGCCUUUUGGUCUGAUGGCAAUUCCACCCUGGUGGUGGGCAUAUGUCCUUUGUUCGAUCCCUGGCAUCUUCAUCUAGCAACAAGAAAAAAGAAGGUUUGACUCUGCUUAAGUUAGCAGUUAUCGCUCUGAGAAAAUUAUAUUUUUUUGUUCAUUUUACAGCCAAUUGAGCUUUUGAAUUUAACCUGUAAUUGCUUGUUAUAAUAGUGAAAGAACUCCUUGGUAAAUCUUUAACUUAGUAAUAGGAAUACAUUGAUUUUAUUGA